AGCCGGGAGGAGGAGGAGGCGGCGGCAGCGCUCCGAGCAGCAGCAGCAGCAGCAGCAGCAGCAGAAACAAGUACCAGCCACACAGCGGCUCCUCCAGCCGGAGCAGCCACAGUCAUCCCGCCGCGAUGGCGCUGCAAAGCCCGGCGAGCGAGGAAGCUAAGGGGCCCUGGCAAGAGACAGACCAGGAACAGCGGGAGCCGGUGGGUAACCCGGAGCCGGAGCCUGAGCCCGAACCAGUGCCAGUGCCCCCGCCCGAGCCCCAACCCGAGCCCGAGCCCCAACCAGAGCCCCAGCCCCUGCCGGACCCCGCUCCUUUGCGGGAGCUGGAGUUUGAGCCCGAGCCCAUGGUGCACGAACCCGAGCCCACGCCCACAGUGGAGACCCGCGGCACUGCGCGUGGCUUCCAGCCUCCCGAAGGUGGCUUCGGCUGGAUGGUGGUAUUCGCUGCCACCUGGUGCAACGGUUCCAUCUUCGGCAUCCAUAACUCCGUCGGGAUCCUCUACUCCAUGCUGCUAGAGGAGGAAAAAGAGAAAAAUCGCCAAGUAGAGUUCCAAGCAGCAUGGGUGGGAGCUCUGGCGAUGGGCAUGAUCUUCUUCUGCUCUCCCAUUGUGAGUAUAUUUACUGACCGCCUGGGCUGUCGAAUUACAGCCACGGCAGGGGCUGCUGUUGCUUACAUCGGCCUUCAUACCAGCUCCUUCACCAGCUCAUUGAGCCUGCGCUACUUCACCUACGGGAUUCUCUUUGGUUGUGGCUGUUCCUUCGCUUUUCAGCCAUCCCUCGUCAUCCUGGGCCACUACUUCCAGCGUCGCCUGGGUCUGGCCAAUGGUGUGGUGUCUGCUGGGAGUAGCAUCUUCUCCAUGUCCUUCCCCUUCCUCAUCAAAAUGCUGGGGGAUAAGAUCAAGCUGGCUCAAACCUUCCAGGUGCUGAGUAACUUCAUGUUUGUUCUCACGUUGCUUUCACUCACCUAUCGGCCCCUCCUGCCCAGCUCCCAGGACACCCCAAGCAAAAGAGGUGUUCGUACCCUGCACCAGCGCUUUCUGGCUCAGCUCAGGAAGUACUUCAACAUGCGAGUGUUCCGCCAACGCACCUAUCGCAUCUGGGCCUUCGGGAUCGCUGCUGCUGCCCUUGGCUACUUCGUUCCCUAUGUCCACUUGAUGAAGUAUGUGGAAGAAGAGUUCUUGGAAAUCAAGGAGACCUGGGUGCUCUUAGUGUGUAUUGGAGCUACUUCAGGCCUUGGGCGUCUUGUGUCAGGCCAUGUCAGUGACUCCAUUCCUGGACUUAAGAAGAUCUACUUGCAGGUUCUCUCCUUCCUGCUCCUGGGCCUGAUGUCCAUGAUGAUUCCUCUGUGCCGUGACUUUGGGAGCCUCAUCGUUGUCUGCCUCUUCCUGGGCCUGUGCGAUGGCUUCUUCAUCACCAUCAUGGCUCCCAUUGCAUUUGAGUUGGUGGGCCCAAUGCAGGCCUCACAGGCCAUUGGCUACCUCCUGGGCAUGAUGGCUCUGCCAAUGAUUGCUGGGCCCCCUAUUGCAGGCCUUCUUCGCAACUGUUUCGGGGACUACCACGUGGCCUUCUAUUUUGCUGGUGUGCCUCCCAUCAUUGGAGCUAUAAUCCUCUUCUUUGUCCCUCUUAUGCACCAGAGGAUGUUCAAGAAAGAGCAGAGGGAUUCCAGCAAGGAUAAAAUGUUGGCUCCUGAUCCAGAUCCCAAUGGAGAGCUGUUGCCAGGCUCCCCCACCCCUGAGGAACCAAUCUAAUGCCUCUUUCAUGCCAUUAUGUACCCCUCCUAGCCCUUCCCUUUCAUCCUACCUGCUCAGCCUUUACAUUUUUGCUACCAGCACACUUGUUCCCAUACCUGUACACACAGCAUUGCAGCCACUUGACCAUUUCCCUGGAGCCCAAACUACAGGUAUCCCAAACUCAUUAACCAAAUUCUCCCUAGGAAUGCCUUCAAACUUGCCAGGGACCUUCUCCUCUCAGGAUCUGAGAAACCUUAGGAUCACCCACCCUCUCAGCCUUUGGAACCUGUCCAAAUACUUUUUAAUCCCCUGGGGUAGGAGGAGGAUGGGACCUCCUAGCCCCAGCUUUUUUGUCACCCACCAAAACCAAUUGACAAAGGUGCUACUGUGUCCCCAGGAGCCUUGGGGGAAGCCCGAAGCCUCUGUUUGUUGAGGACUUUAUUGCCAUCCAUCCUUGGGAGCCAUUUGCUGAGGGUGGGGUGGGGUGCAAAGAGGGAAGACAGGGAGGCAAAAAUAUAAGACAAGAAGUCUUGUUUCACCUCAGUUUCUCAGGACCAUGACUUCUCAAGAGCUAUGUACAGGCAGUGUUCCCCACAAUACAGUUGCUUAACAAGCUGCUUCCUCCUUCCCUUCCUUAUUUUCUCUAUUGCCUCCUCUCCAUUCUCUUCCCUCUUUAUUUCUGUCAUAGACACAUAGGUGCUUGGAGACAGGAGGGACCCAGAGCUUGGACCAACCAGCCUCACCUUGGCCCAAUCUACCAUAACACUAGCAUUGAUCCCACUCAUCUCAAACUGAGCUACAUCUCACUUUUUUUGGCUCAAGCUGAUAUAAAUAAUAGACUGGAAAAGUAAAAUAUCAGAUAAGGAAGGGACUUUAAACACCAGAGUUCCAUGUGCCGUUGACUGGCAUUUACAGAUUUCACAGGCCUGAAAGUCACCUUCCCUCCCCCCACUCAGUUCUCCAUCCUUAUAGUGACCUGUCAAAAUGUGAAGAUAUUCCUUUCAUCUCAGAAGGCAGAGGAAGACUGAUGUCAGCUGGCUGGUGUGUGUGAGGAGGAGCAGUGAGCACUGGGUAUUAACAUGGUGAUGGACCAACUCCAUCUCUAUUUUUAUGACAAGUCAAUAUUUCUACCUGGGCCAGGCCUGGAAAGGGAGUACCCUCAAAAAAUAUCCCAUUCCCAAUGCAGAUCCAAAAAUACUAUAAGCAGCACCUGCACAUUGGGUUGGACAGCUUAACCACCCAGUGUGUCCCCCAUCCUGGACAUCCUGGGCCACCCAGUGGGCAUUAAAAGUGCCAGGAAAGGUAGACUUCAUUCCUCUGAGGCAGGCUCCAGAGGUUUCCUAGGCCCAGGCUCCAGGCAAUGGUCUUAUUGAAGAGCAUUCCAAGUGCCCCUGGCUAGGGGCAGUGGGCACUGCCAGGCUAUUUUCAGCUAGCACAGCUCACCUCAUUAGGAGCUCAGCCUCUCUCCUCGUUCAGCCCCUUUGUGUCUCUCUCCCCCCCAAACCCCCCAUCUCUGGGCUUUUGUCUAUUGUGUUCUUGUCAUCUAGCCCUGCAUCAUCUUUUUGCCAGGCAUUCCUGGCUGUCACUUGGAGCCAGCUUACCAUCCAAAGCCAGGGUCAUCCCAGGGCCAGGAGGAUGAGGUCGCCCUGAGGGGCUCCAUAAGGAGACAAUGGCCCCCCCACCCAUGAGUUUUUCCGUUACAAACAGGCAGCUGGGGCAUAGUCGGCCUCUGAUAGUUUCAUUCAAGGCCAAAGUCCUGAGCCCCCCUUGGCUGGUCCCAGUCCAGCUCUUGUCAAACUCCCAAAGGAAAGUCCACUGGUUCUUGGCUCUCUGGUUAGGAAAGGGCCUAAUUACUGCCCUGUCAGCACAAAUAGCAGUGGGCUAGGAAAAACUAGUCCCCAGGAGCCCUCAAAUUCCCAGGAGAGGCCACAGGAAAUACUGGAACAAUAGUGCCCUUGAUUCCUUUCCUCCUUGCUCUCCCCUCUACUGGAUCAAGUGGAGGUUGCUUCUACAGGACCCCCUUUGUUGUUCAUGCUGUGUAUAGCACUUAAGAAUCAGGCUGCUACCCACUUCUCUCCAGAUGAAGGAAAGACGUUUACAGGUCCCAAAUCUGUCCGUUCAAGUGUCACAUAACAUGGUAGGGUGUCAAUUUACUUCUUCCACACAUGUGCACGUGCAUGUGUGGGCUUGUGUGCUUUUGGAGAGAAUGUUGGCUGGCAAAAGCAGCACAGUAUUAUUAAUAUUUAGAGUAGGAUGCCACCUCUUAGGCACCGCAGUUAAAUCUAGAAGAACGAACAAAAUUUCAGAGCUUAAGACCUGAGACAUUUAAAUCCUCAAGGGGUUUGGAACAAAAUAAACAAAUCUAAAAAUC